AUGCGUCUCGGCGAGCGCCUCCAUGACCCAGCAGCUGCUGUUGAGCCCGGCCCUGCGACCCCGACCCUUCCGUGUGGUCAACAGGGACCGCAGCCUGCGCAAGGGCGUCAUGGCGCACAGCCUGGCCGACCUGCUGCUCCAGGCUCAGAGCGCCCUGCUCGCCCCGGGUCCUGUCUCGCUGGUGUUGGAUGAGGAUGGCACGGCGGUGGAGACUGAGUCUUUUUUCCGGACGCUGGAGGAGGGGACGGUGCUGAUGGCCCUGUGCGAGGGGCAGACCUGGGCUGCCCCCAAGACCCCAGGCUACCAGCUGAGCCUGUCCCGUAAGCCCCCUCGGAGGAUCGAUGUCGCCUGCGUCACCUUUGACCUCUACAAGACCAACCCACGGGACCUGGGCUGCCUCAAUGUCAAGGCCACACUCUAUGGCACCUACAGCUUGUCCUACGACCUGCGCUGCUACGGGGCCAGGCGCCUCAUGAAGUGAGUGCUGGGGGCAGCCCACGCCAUUUUGCAGCCCCCUGGCCACGCCCUCCUCGGCACCUCCUGCUACAUGCAGCAGCUCCUGGAUGCCACUGAGGAACCGAAGGAGCCGGAUCCCCAACCCAGGGUGAAGUUGGGGGACCUCCGGAUGCUGAAGCUGCCCCAGUAG